GUAUUAAUUCGGGCAAAGCAGCUCCCCCGCCCCACUCGUUAGCCCCAGCUGGGCACCAGGUGCAACCCGUUAGGCAGGGUGUGUAUUUAAGGGAAUUUUGGGCCUUUUGUGGGUAUUUUCAGUAGGUGAUUGUGUUGUGUGUUGGGUGCAGGCACCGGUUCCUCUUUUCCCUGGUUAUGGGGGAGCAGAGCGGGGCAGCAGGGGUGCCGGGGGUCCUGCUGGCCACACCACCCCCUGAGGUGCUGGGCACGGUGCUGAGCCAGCGCCACGGCCCCCUGCCAUGCGUGGCCCCCAUCGCCCGCCUGCGCCGCGGCCCCACGGGGGGCUACGAGGCAGAGGGGGACCUGGCGGGGGUGCUGGAGCGGCGGCGGGUGGCCAACGCCAAGGAGCGUGAGCGGAUCAAAAACCUCAACAGUGGGUUCUCGGCGCUCAAAGCCCUUGUGCCCCUCGUGCCCCGCGACCGCAAGCCUAGCAAGGUGGACACGCUCAAGGCCGCCGCCGAGUACAUCCGCCUGUUGCGUGGGGUCCUGCAGGACACGGGGGGCCUGCAGCAGCAGGAGGACGGAGUGGCGCAGGUGAUGGGUGACAGUGGGGGGGUGCUGCUGGGGGCGGACUGGCCCCUCUCUGCCUCCCCGUGUCUGUGGGGUACCCCCAUGCCCCAAACCUGCCCAGGACCGUCGCGGCAGAGUGGGGAGCUGGUGCUUCCAGCCAACCCCUAAAAUAUAAAUCUGGGGGUGUGCUGCAGAGGAUGGUGCCCUGAGAGGGUGUCCUGUGACCUGCGUGGGACGUGGCGAUGUCCCUGCACAGAUUUUGGGGUCCCAGAGCCGGGAUGGAUCUGACCCCCCCGAGCUGCCCCCGUGUGCGGCGGGGUGUUGGUGUCCCCAGAGUGCUGCUGGGGCGGGGGGGCGACAGGUGUAAUUGCUCAUUAAAAUAUAACUAGGAAUUAGCACCGUGCUCAGGUAGCAGGGCUCGUUAACAAGCCCCUCCAAUUAAUCUCCAAAUAAAACCUGACUUUUUUUGGGGUGGCAAAA